GGCCUCCGGCUUCCGUCACGUCCGGUUCUCUGUCAGCAGCGAGGAGCGAGCGAGCAGCGGCUGGUCGGCGGCAGGAGCGCAGCAAUGCCUAAGUCAAAGGAACUUGUUUCUUCAAGCUCUUCUGGCAGCGAUUCGGACAGUGAAGUUGACAAAAAGUUAAAGAGGAAAAAGCAAGUUGCUUCAGAAAAGCCUGUAAAGAAGCAGAAGACGGGUGAGACUUCCAGAGCCCUGUCGUCUUCUAAGCAGAGCAGCAGCAGCAGGGAUGACAACAUGUUCCAGAUCGGGAAAAUGAGGUACGUCAGCGUACGGGACUUUAAAGGAAAAGUCCUAAUUGAUAUUAGAGAAUAUUGGAUGGAUCCAGAAGGUGAAAUGAAACCAGGAAGAAAAGGUAUUUCCUUAAAUCCGGAGCAAUGGAGCCAGCUGAAGGAACAGAUUUCUGACAUUGACGAUGCAGUGAGAAAACUGUAAAAUCUGAGCCAUAUAAACCUGUACUGUUCUAGUUGUUUUAACCUGUCUUUUUACAUUGGCUUUUGUUUUUUAAAUGUUGUUUUCCAGGCUAUUGUAUAUUUGGAUUGCAGAACAAUUUGUAAGAAUACUUUUUUUUUUAAUGUGCAUUAUUAAAAAUGUUCUGAGUGAAGCUAAUUGUCAACUUCAUUCAGGGGUUGCUUUGUGCCCACCACCUAGUGUAAAAUAAAAUCAAGUAAUACAAUCGUAA